AUGCCGCAGGGUGGUUCGCCGUUGGCUUCUCGCUGCCCCAUCCUCCGGCCUCCUUCCUCAUCCCCCUCGCUCCACCCGCUUCCUCAUCCCCCUCUCAGGCUGGUGCUGCACUGGAAGGCCACCAAGGGGCGGACAAUCAAGAUGGCCGUGGUGGCAUCGGUAGCCAAGGCGGCGGGGUGGCUGGUGCUGCACUGGAAGGCCACCAAGGGGCGGACAAUCAAGAUGGCCGUGGUGGCAUCGGGGGCCAAGGCUGCUGGGUGGUUCGCCGUGGGCUUUUCGCCUAAUGGCGGCAUGUCGGGCAGCAACGCCAUCGCCACUGACUCCUCGGGCAGCCCGGUGACAAAAGAUCUCGUCGGGCAGUCAUCGGCGGACGAUGCGGCGUGGACCGUCGGAUCGGGCUCGAUCUCCACGUCUGGUGGCAAGGUCACUAUGAAGUUCACGAAGAACAAGGGCGAUGGGGCAUCGGUGAAGGUUAAGGCUGACAACGACAACAACAUUGUGUGGGCGUUUGGCGAUGGGGAUACUGUCUCAAUGCACAAUGGAGCGUAA